CUAAAGAUCAGUUUCUAACAAACGAAAUAUCGUGUCAAUAGAUGUCUGUGGUGCCCAUGUUAUUCCGAGACUGGUGGGAAGACUUCGACAGUCCACUGCGUUCGUCGAGGCUACUAGAUCAACACUUCGGCACAGGGUUGCGUGCCGACGAUCUGUUAUCGUCUUUCCCGUCACGUUCAGCACCUCUCUCGCCAUCAAUUUUACGCGGUGGUUACUACAGACCAUGGCGCAAUACCGGAUUGGCUCGCCAAGACUCUGGGUCUACACUUAAUCUUGACAAGGAACGUUUCCAGAUAAUCCUAGAUGUGCAACAGUUUAUGCCGGAAGAGAUAACGGUCAAAACGAUGGAACGCUGUAUUGUGGUCGAAGGUAAACACGAGGAGAAGCAGGACGAACACGGUUUUGUUUCGCGUCACUUUACCCGCCGCUAUAUGCUUCCAAGCGGUCACGAUCCAAACGAUGUUGUUUCAACACUCUCCUCCGACGGUGUGCUAACAGUUACUGCACCGAAAAAGGCCCUUCCGACUCCAAAUCCCGAACGCAGUGUGCCGAUCCAACAGACAGGACAGCCAGCGAAGGAGAAGCCAGAUCAGCAGACCCAGACGAAUGUCGAGCAAGCAAAAUAAUCAUCAUAAAGAUGGUCAGAAUGCUCUUAACGCCUAAUACUAGAGUAUUACUACGACUAAAUAUACUCUUUUUUAUUUAGCCAAACUGUAUUUGCUAUCACAAUAAAAUACAACAUUUUCUUGCUUACUAUUUUCUAAAACUA